UAAACUAUCUCAAUUUGUUGUAACUGAUAUUUUAUAUUUUUAUUACAAUGGAUGUAGAAGAGAUAAUAGACUACAUAAAAACGCUAAAAAAGGGCUUUGAUAAAGAGUUAUUUCAGAGUAAAAUCGAUGAAUUAGGAUAUAUAGUGGAUAACACAGGACUGAACUAUGAUGAUUUUCAUACAUUGUUUAAAGUUUGGUUGAACUUGAGUAUUCCUAUUACAAAAUGGGUUAAUCUUGGAGCCAGUAUAUUACCAAAAGAAAAAGUAUCACAAAGUACUAUUGAGUAUUCUUUAAGAUGGAUACUCGCAAACUAUGAUAACCAAAGUAAUUUUUCAAGAAUUGGUUUUCUUUUAGACUGGUUGACAGCUGCUAUGGACUGUGAUAGUGUAGAUAUGAAAGCUCUUGAUAUGGGAUAUGAGUUAUUUUACACCAUGUUAACCUUUGAAGUACUUACUGUGCAUGCUAUGAAACUUGUGUAUACAUUGACUAAGCCAAAUGAUGUUACUAGAAGAAGAGUACUGGAAUUGAUGGAGUAUGCUAAAAGGAGAGAAGCUAAAAAGAAUAUGUACAGGCAGAUUCAAGUCCUUCUUGGUUUGUUUAAGUCUUACAAACCUGAAUAUGUUCCUGAGGAUGUGCCUUCAAUAUCAAUACAUACAGCAUUUAGAAAAAUUAAUGUAACACUACUCGCAAGGUUCAAAAAUGCUCAGAAUCAAAGGAAUACCUUGAGUAAAGAGACAUAUAGGCUGUUCUGGAUUAACCCUUUAAACUCUGAAGCUGGUAGAAAUAAGAAAGCAGAUCCACUUAUACCCAAUUUGGAAUUUACAAACAUUGGAUCGAAACAAUAUGAUAAUGAUACUCAGAAGAACUAUCUUGACUUUUCUGAGCCCGUGUCGCUGCUGCAGUACAGCGCGCAGCGGGCCAUGCGUCGGCCGGCGCGGCUGCGCGCUCUGCUGUGCAACCCGGCAGGGCUGGCGCUGCUGGCCGCGGCCGCCAGCGCCGACCACGCCUUCCUGUCGCACGAGCUGCACCAUCUACUCACCAGCUGUUUUUUGGAAACAUCGCCUCACACCUAUAUCGAGAAGCAGGAUUUACUGCAGAGAUUGGCAAUAUUUCAAUCGACGCUCAUGCAAGGCCUACCUGUUGUGACUCGUUUUUUGGCACAGUUCUUGCCAUUUUGGAAUGAAAAAGACUUUUUAAUGGAGAUUCUUCAACUCGUCGAAUGGGUGAAUGUUGAAGGCGCGGAUCAUGUAAAUGUUAUUUUAGAUACGCUGACGAAGAUAUAUUAUAGAGCGCAACCUAUAGAACAGUGUGCCAUACUCAGGAGUGUAACCAGCAUGUAUACAAACUUAAUACAUUCAAGUAUGCGGUCUCGGCAUUAUUUUCUAAGUAUACAACCUACAGAAUUAAUGUACACGGAAAUAUUGACAAUGGUCUCUUUGAGAAUUAGUGACAUGUGCGACAAAGGAUUACAAGCAUCCCCUGAGGACGCGCUGGGGCUGCAGAGCGCGACGCGGGCGGGCGUGCGCAGCCUGCGCGCGGGGCGGCGCGCGGGGCGCGCGGGGUGCGUGGUGGCCCCGCGCGCGCUGCUGCUGUCGCUGGCGCUGCUGAGCCCGUCGGCCGCCGCGCUCGACCGCCUCGCCGCGCUCGUCGUGCUGUACAAAGAAAUAUUCUCUGCCAUAAAAGCGAAGAAUGGACGAAAAGAUCAAGCGUAUAUUGAACAGAUGCAGAUUUUGAAAGCAUUCACGUCUGAUUUCGUGAGUUGUUUCUACGAAGAAUUCCUCAGUGGUCGCAAGAAAGGCAUCGCCUUUAGUAAAUUGCACCCGCAGCUGGUUAGUAAACUGACACAUAUAAUACCAGAUGUGGAUACAAAAUUAAGCAUACGCAAUCACUUAGCAUUCGCUCCGUACACGUAUGUGUCGCUACAGGCAAUAGAUCAAACGGACGCCGACAAUAAGUUAUGGUUUGACACGGUUAUAGAACAGGAAUUUGUCAAUUUGAGUCAAUUCGUUAUGAAGGCAAUGCCCGAGCUGCGAUAACAAAAUGCUAGCACAUAGGAGAAAGCGUGAGUACUUUGUGCUCAAUAUCUUCACAAUCAUAAGGCUACUUAUUAAACUAUAAGUAUUAGAAUAAAAUGACUUCCUUAAUUAAGUUAUUUUAAAUCGGACCCUAAUUUGUAAUAUCAAAAUUGUUUUCAAGUUAUACGUGAACCUGACACACACGACACGUGUGGUAAAUUUAGGUUGUGUCUUUUUAUACUAUAUUUUCAAACACGCUUAUAUUACAAAUUAAGUUUAAAUAAUAAGCAAAUACUCAUAUUCAAUGAAACGAAUUACAAACGAAAUAAACACGAAAUGCAUUAUGAAUUACUAGUUUUCGCCUGCGGAUUCGCAUGAAAAAGUAGCAUAUGUCCUUCCUUGAAGUUCAACCUUUUUUCAAAUUCUACCAAAUUUAGUUCAGUGGUUUCGCCUUGUAAGAGCAACAGAUAGGCGGACGGAGAGACACAGACUUACUUUCGUAUUUAUAAUAUUAUUAUAGAUUAUGUAUUUUGAUGCUAUAUAAACUGUGUUUUUUGGCAUUUCCGUCGUAAGAUACGCGCCUUUUUUUUGUUUUGAUCAGACUUUAUAUAAUUUACUAAUUCUAUCACGUAGCCUUACUGUUUCUUUUAGUUUCGAUAGUCAUAAUAUAUAUCUUACUGUAAAGGUACCUUUAAAAUCAUCUUUAACAAGGUUGCCCGCAGGCUUUCACCUAUAUCAGACGCUUCUGAUACUCCCACGGGGUUCGUAACGUUAUGUUAAAUCGCUUAAACAUUCCUCAAGAAUUGCCUAUAAAUUGCAACAAAAAUUCAAAUCCGGCUGUUAAUUCUAGAGAUUAGCGCGUUCAUACAACAAACAACAUUUAAUUUUUUAGCGCCGAGCAUAUUUUUGAUAAUGUUGUAAAAAACAGAAUAAAAAAAGAGUUCGUUAUAAUUGAAUUUAUAAUUGUAAAUGGUUCAUUACUAGGAAGAGAGAGAGAGAGAGAGGUGAUGAAAAAUAAAACGUAAUUAUACAACAUAAUAUGAAUUUCAGGUAGGAAUGUAUAUUGCGUGACAGUCAAAUCCGAAACCAUAAACAAUAACGAAAUAGUUUUGUUGUUGUUAAAUAAAAAUGUCCUUUUGAAACGUGUUCAAAUAUUGUAAAACCAGUACGUACUGUAGGUAUUUAAAUGUUUAAUUUUUAAUAGAUCAAUCUCAACUUCGAGAUCCCUAUUUUCCCUUUUUUAGUUUCGGAAUUUGCCAUCCACGUACUUAAAAAAAAUUAGCUCUGUUUGUUUAGCUGAUAUUGACUCUAGGGUACUACGCUUCAUAAAUUAAACAUUAAUGUUUUAUUUACGAAGCAUUGUACCUGAAUAUGGUAAAUGUUUAUUUUAUAAGGAAUAUUAUAAAGUUUUAAGUAAAAAUUACAUUCAAUUUAAUUUUCUACUGUUUUCAUAACAUUAUUUAUAAUCAUGGUAAUUUUAACUAAACUAUAAUAAAUAAUAAUGACCCAGCAUCAUAGGUGAUCUGGUACUUGUUGUACAUUAUACUACUAUAUUAAUAUGUGUUUAUAAUGACGAUCUUACAGGACAUAUUUUUCAUAAUUUUUAGUUUUUUUUUGCAAAACAAUACAUUGUGUUAUACGGAUUACCGAUCCAAGAUCUAGGCUAUUAGGUCUAAAAAAAUAUAUAUGUUGUAAUUUAUCCUUUAAUUAAACAAAUAUGUUAAUUCUCCAAUUAUUAUUAUAUUAUUUGCUACAAAAAUGUAGGUGUAUUAAAUAUUACCUCUCGCCCUCUUCAAUGUACGUAAAUUAAAAUGUUAUAAUUAAGAUUUUUAUAAAGUAAUUAAUUUGACAAAAUAAUGUAUGUUAUUAGAAUCUUUCCAAAGCCCAUCGGAUAAACAACACUCGAAGAUAAAUAAUUGACUAAAGCAAUUUAAUAAAAUUAUAAAUUCACAUAUAUCUGUAUAAAAGUACAUAUUUUUUGUAGUAUGUUAUUAUUUAUAUUUGGACAGAUUGUAUACGAUUAACCCACCAGUUAAGACCACAUACUUUAGAAUGUUAUACAA